AUGAUCCUCCCCCUUUUCUUUACGAACGGUUUGAAGUCGUUUGAAGGUGGUAACAAUGGAAUGACGCUGAGUUCUGAUGUUGGUCAAGUCGGUAAGUCUGUUUGAUGGGUUUUUUGAUGUUAAGAUUGGGCGAAGAUGAUGAAAACGAUGUUUUAGUCGAUGUUUAGAGUCUCUGAAAAAGUCCACGCGGCACGAAACCGUAAAUUCGACGAGCCCGAACGACGAGAAAUCACGUACGCCAGGAGAACAGCACUCAGAACACAGCAAGAGGUCUUUCAACAAGAUUCUGACAAGAAAAACGAGGACAGGUAGCAAGAACACCAUCAAUAACGUCACUCCACGGACGAGACGAGCUCCCCACCCCUUGGAAGUUGUCUAA